CGGCACUGCAGAAGCAGGCGAGUUCGCGAGUGUAUCGAUUUUGCGAUCGUGUCUCUCGCGACUAGUGCGUCCGUUUCCUUUAGUUUUUAGUGGCCGUGCUCGUCGUACAUGGAUGAAAUCGUGAAUGGGAUUACCCGCUAGGUUAAUUGCACCGUACAUCCGUUGACUCGCAACGCCUCGUCACCCAUCAGCAUGACCAAGGAUAGAUUAGCAGCUUUAGUCGCGGCCCAGUCGGACGACGAUGACGUGGCGGACGAGGUGUCCGUCAAUGUCGGCGGGCCGGAUGACUUCAUGACGGAGUUUUUUGCGGAGGUGGAGGAGAUACGUGAAAUGAUAGAUAGAAUCCAGACGAAUGUCGAGGAUGUCAAGAAGAAACACAGCGCCAUUUUAUCGGCGCCACAAACGGACGAGAAGGUCAAAAUGGAGUUGGAAGACUUGAUGUCCGACAUCAAGAAAACUGCUAACAAAGUCAGGGCUAAGUUAAAAGUGAUAGAACAGAAUAUAGAGCAGGAAGAGCACACGAACAAAUCGUCGGCGGAUCUGAGGAUACGCAAGACUCAACAUUCAACAUUGUCUAGGAAGUUCGUAGAGGUGAUGUCGGAAUACAAUCGAACACAAACCGAUUAUAGAGAACGGUGUAAGGGAAGAAUACAACGACAGCUUGAAAUCACGGGGAGGACGACCACUAACGAUGAACUCGAAGAAAUGCUGGAACAAGGAAAUCCAGCAGUCUUCACGCAAGGGAUCAUCAUGGAAACGCAACAAGCGAAACAAACCCUUGCGGAUAUCGAGGCACGUCAUGCUGAUAUUAUAAAACUCGAAAAUUCGAUCAGGGAAUUGCAUGACAUGUUUAUGGACAUGGCUAUGCUGGUAGAAAGUCAGGGUGAGAUGAUAGAUCGUAUAGAAUAUCACGUGGAACAUGCGGUCGAUUAUGUCCAAACGGCCACGCAGGACACCAAAAAAGCACUCAAGUAUCAAAGCAAAGCUCGACGGAAGAAGAUCAUGAUUAUGAUCUGCCUCGCCAUACUCUGCGUCGUCCUGGCAACUACCAUCGGUGGAUACUUCGGCCUGUGAACACCAGAAGCAGGAAGGUACGAAGGAGACAAAGGCGAACGUCCGGCACUGUAUAUCUAAGUUGACAAAACGCGCCGGCAGCAGUCAUACUUCAUGCAUAUCGCCCCGACAACAAACGAACACACACAAGGCAGACCAUCAAGAAAGCAAUUUCAAGUUCUGGUCAUCGCUAAAAAAGCUCUCUCAUCUUAUCCAAAAACACGAGUUCUUCGUUCGAGUCGACGUUCGGUAAAUAGAGGGUUGAAUGAAUUGGAAGAAAAAGAAGAGAGGAGGAAGAAAGGUAGGAAAAAAGGGAAGGAUGCGCAGUUAUUUUGAAGAGGGUCGUCGCCAUCGUCACUAUCAUCGCUGCUACCACACAUCACCAUCAACACAAGCAUACCUUUUUACGUCAAGCUUCGAACUAGUUGCAUUCUAUCUAAGAGAACAAAAAAAAUCGCCUGUUUUCUAUUAUAGAAUUCUUAGAGAAAGAAUGACGAGAGAGAGAGAGAGAGAGAGAAAGUUCAACAUACUUAUUCUGCGACGAACGGCGAAAACAUAAUGUUGUAUUGCAAUCUGUCUUGCCUCAUCUCGAGGAAGAGAAGCUAAAAAGAGAUGGACAAAAUUUAAAAAGAUUGCGGUGAAAUUUAUUUAAGAGAGAGAGAGGAAAAGAAAGGGUGGUUAAGGGAAACGAGGAGGGAGGGGCGGUAUAUUGAUGAGAGUUAAAAAAUGGGGAAAAGUUUUAACAUUUCGUUUCUCGGCGCUUCUACGAGUUUCUAGAUCGAAAUAUCGUUUGUAGAUCAUCGUAGGAGCGAUGGAUUGUAAGACUAGUCAAUCAUAGGAUUUUAUCGAAAAAAAAAAAAAAAAGAAUAAAGAAAUCUACCGAGCCCCGACACCCAAUGGAGUUUUUCUGUAACGCGAAAUACGUUCUGCUAUUUUCGCUACUAAUUGCUAUUGCAGAACAUUUUCUUUUUCAAUAUCCGAAAAAAAAAGAUAAGGAAAAAAGGGAAAAAAUAAUAAAGAAAAGAAAAAGAAAAAAAAAUGUUUUCAAAGGGGCGGUCGCUCGGUCGGUCUAUAAAUUCCGACGCGAAUAUGUUUCAUUAUCUGUGAUUUAAAUAACGAAAAUAGUGAAAUUUAAUCUAAAAAAAAAAAAGAAAGAAAGAAAAAAGAAAAAAAAAUAAUGAAAAAAGAGAAAAAACAAAUAAAACAAAACGAAAAAGACAGGACUUGGGAAUUAGUUCUCCGUAGAAGUCACAUUCUGAGUCACAUACGGCAAGAUUUUCUAUUCGUAUUUUCUAGAUUUUUAACUUCUCCCACUUUAAACUUCGACCUGAUUAUCACGUAUCCAUCUCUCACUUUUUGACGUGCACUUCACAUAUCAAAGAAAAUUGAGGAAAAAAAAAACCGAAUUCUAAUUGAAUUUACUAGCGCUUAAUACGUUUGUCUUCUUGUUUUUCUUUUUGUUUGUUUGUAAUUUUUUCUUCUUUUUUUUUCUUUCUUUCUUUCUUUCUUUCUUUCUUUUUCUUUUUCUUUUUCUUCGACACGUCGACCCUAUCGCGUGUGGUUAAUUGUAAACGAAUUUCCGUGCUGUCGAUAACAGAAAAGAAAGAAAUAGGAAGUCGUUACCUUGCGGAUCUUGAUACAUUAUCGUAUAAAAUACAUAAGAGCCAAUUUAGACGGCGCUCGUAAAUUUUUUGAUCUUUGUUUUAACGUUCCUUGUCGUUUCUUCUCCGUGUUUCAAAGCGACGAUAAUUCGAUGAUUAAGAGACGUCAAGACCAAUAGGUGUUCAGACAAAAAAGGAUACAAUCAAUACUUCCGAUAUAUUUAAUCGAUUAGCAUGCGUAGUCGGUUAACUUAAAAAAAGUUAAAAAAAUAAAUAAAUAAAUAAAUAAACAAAUAAAUAAAUAAAUAAAGGAGAAUAAAAAGAAGGGCGAGAAUAGUGAGCUUUAGAAGAAAGAGAAAGAGAGAGAAAGAGGAUAUAGUCGCGCCCUUAAAAGCACAACGAUUCUAGAAUGUGGCCGAUAUCCUUGCGAACGAAUUUCCAAGUGUGCGAGAUAGUUUUCGAACGAGAAGAGCUAUUAUCUAGAUUAAUUAUAAAUAUUAAAUUAUUAAUUAUGUACUUAAAAGAAAAGAAAAGAAAGAAAAAAAAGAGGAAAAGAAACGUAUGUGCAUUGUUUCACUCUCUCUCUCUCUCUCUUUUUUUUUUUCCUUUUUCUUUUCUUUAUCAAAGUCGUAAAAGAUAUUCGUUAGUCGAUUUACUCUUUAUGCACUAUCGUAAAAAUAACGAAAACAAAUGUUUUAUGUUUGAUCUCAUUUCGUGUUGCACAAAACGCCAUUAGGGUAUUGGGACUGUCUGCUAAGGGAUCGAAUGAACGCGAUCGUCCUUCGAGAACGAUGAUUUUUCGCAUUUCCAAAGGUUACUGAUCUGUUCUUCGAAGAAAAAAGAAACAUAAAAAAAAACAAAAAAAAACCAAGAAGAAAAAAAACGAUAACAAUAAUAAACAAAGAAAAAAACCAAUUGCAACUUUCUUUUCGCAACGCCGUUUUAGAUAACAUCGUUCUGCUGGCUUCUCUCUUCGAAUCAUUUAAUUAUUAUUAUACAUUAUACAUACAUACACACCUGUACGUACUGCAUUUCUCAAACAAACGCUCUCUAAUUCGCAUUUGGAAAAGGGUGCUUGUGUAAUACGGCUAAGACUGCUAUUGUUCGUGUUUUUCGUUUCCUGCGUAGAAGUUUAGAUCGCCAUUGCCGAAUCUCUUUAGCUUUAGUAAAAAAUGAAAAAGAAUGAAAGAAAGAAAGAAAGAAAGAAUGCAAGCUUCUUUUAAUUUUCCUCUCAUUCUUUUUUCUACGGGAAACAAAAACUAAAUAUACGUAUAUAUAUUAUACAAUACAUAUAUAUAUAUAUAUAUAUAUAUAUAUAUAUAUAUAUAUUAUAUUAUAUUAUAUUAUAUAUAUAUAUUAAAAAUAGUUUACGUUGUUGAAAGUAUAACUAGGAGUAAAUUUUAAUGAAGGGCACCCGAGCCAUGUCGUUCACCAUGAACUCUAUCUUUUAAUUAUCAUUCCGUUUUACAGUUAAGUGCAUGGAUGUUGCGUGCGUUACCAUCGCGUACACGGCUAAAUAAUAAAAGGCGAUGAUAGAAAGUCGGAAGAGAUGAGAAAUAACGAGUUUCACGUGAAAACUCUAGAGAAAAAUUAAAUCUAUACGCGUCGAGCCUUAAAUCAUCGAGCUCCGAAAGAAAAAAGAAUAAGAAAUAAACUCUUAUUGGCAGUCACUCACACGUCAUUUCAAUCGCGAGACUCUUAGAUGCGACGGCGAUAAUUACAGUAUAACACAAUCGAAAGAAUAAAAGAGUGAAAAUAAAUGUGGAAUAAAUAAAUAAAUAAAUAAAUAAAUAAAUAAAUAAAUAAAUAAUGUAAAAAAAUAUAAAAAAAAAAAAAGAGAGAAAAUGCGAAAGGUCCAUCGGUUCUUCUUUCUGUCAAUCCCGAAGUGGACUCUCUUAUUGUAAGAAAGAAAAGAUGGCAUUAAGCUGCAGCAAUAAUAAUACAAAUAUAAGUAUUACGAAAGAAGUUCAGAAAAAUAAAAAAAGAAAAAGAGAGAAAGGGGAGAAGGAGAGAGAGAGAGAGAGAGAGAGAGAGAGAGAGAGAGAGAGAGAGAGAGAGACAGGAAAAAAAGAAAAAGAAAAAAUUUAACUCAAGGUAAUCCCAUUGACGAGCUGUAUUUUAACUUUUCGUGAGUCGUACUACCGCAAAAAUGCAUAAUACGCGACAUAUAAAUCGUACGUGCAAGCAAAGUGUAUACAUACAUGCAUAUAAGUAUAGUUAGGUGACACGAUCGCAAUGAAGAUAAUAUAUUAUAUUACAUUAUAUUAUAUUAUAUUAUAUUAUAUUAUAUUAUAUUAUAUUAUAUUAUAUUAUAUUAUAUUAUAUUAUAUUAUAUUACAUAACGAUCAUCUGUCGCUAAAACGCCUGCUAUUCUCACCGGUGAACUGAGUAAAUUACGUCGAAGAAAUUAAAAAGAAAAGGGGAGAAAGUGAAAGAGAAAAAGAGAAGAAAAGAGUAGCAUAUAUCUUAUAGCGGCAAAAAGAAAGAAGUACGGCGAGCGAGCGGCGUUAAUGUUAAUGUUUUGUUGAAUAUAUUAUAUGAACGUUGAAGUACAUACAUUCAGAAGAUUAUGGGUUAAUGUUUCAAAUGGUAUAAUGACAAGCGAAUUAUGACAUACAUAUAUACAUAAAAUGCAGAAACGAUAUCGUGCGCGUUACUGUAAUAAUGAUAAUAUUAACUAUAAACGAUAAUAAUAUUGAUUAUUGAAUAGUGAAUAAUUGCUCUUAUUAAGAUCACACCUUGCAUUGUACAGAAAACAUAAUAAUUGUUAGUUAUUAGGUAGCUGCAUUAUAAUCUAUUUACCCAGUUAAUCCAAAUGCGAGUAAACGAAACGGCAGAAAGAUGGAGAGAGAGAUUAGAAAGAUAUUAGAUAGAAAAGAGAGAGAGAGAGAGAGAGAAAGAUACCAGGCAAUCCCUUUGUCACACACAGAAAAAAAGAUAAAAGAAAAAGUAAGAGAAAAGAUCAGAAAAAUCCGACAGACCCGAUGCAAAACUCGUUGUCCAAACGAUACUCUCCGUUAUAUUGAAGACAUUAAUAACACAAUGCAAAGAAAGGAUUUGGAACCUCGUUCGGUUCUAUCCUUUUAUUAAUAAUUAAGUAAUUCCUCGGAAUUCAGGUCUGAAAUAAAAUGAAAUCAUGCUGACUUCCGACGAAAUACUGAAAAUAUUUCUUUAGUAUUACGACAAAAAUUUAUGAUUUUUCUUAUCGUCACGCAAGCGCGAUGCUUCGUCCGAAUUCUUAUAGAUCUUGCCAAUAAGACGAACAACGAAAAGAAUUUGAUUUUUUUCUCUUUUACCGCUUAUGCGACACGCGCUAUCAAGGAAAUAAUAAGACGAAUAAAAAAAGAAAAAAGACGGAGAGAGAGAGAGAGAGAGGAGGGAAAAAAAGAAAGAGGAAAAGAAAUGGUCAAUUUUUCGUACGAUCGAAGUCUCUUUUCGAAGCGUCUCAUUGGCGAUGGUCUACUUUGAACAAGCUCUUUUCAUCGAUCUCUUUCAAAUUGAGAAAAUAGAAACAUACUUUUCUCGUUGGCAAUGUACACAUGUAUACGUGUAUAUAUAUAUAUAUAUUUUUUAUAUAUUAUAUAUAUAUAUAAAUAUGUGUAUAUCGCCAAGGACGUCAUCGACAUCCGACCGUCCUCUUUUCAAUCAUCAUCGUACGUAUAUACACAAUUACGCCGAGUUAACUCGUUAUUGCUGCUCGAACGAGUCGACGAAUGGAGGAUCCGUAUGAAUGAUUUGAAAUGCGUAAUAGAAAGAGAGAGAGAGAGAGAAAGUGAAGGAGAGAUAGAUAGAUAGAUUAGAUAGAUAAAGAGAACAGAGGAAGGGAUUAGUCGAUGAAAAGUUCUAAGGGACUCAUUCAAACUUUCAACAUGUCGGCAAGUUCGAGAACAUCUUCUCAUAAGCCUUAAAAAAGAAAGAAAGAAAGAAAAAAAAAUUAAAAGAAAAUAAAAGAAAACUCGAGAUUAUAGCUCAGCGCGCAGCGUGUAGCGGUCAUCUUCGUAUAAUAGGAAUUGAAAUGAUAUAAGAUAUGCAUGUGUAUGUGUAUAAAUAUAUACAUAUAUACAUUCAUAUACAUAUAUAUAUAUAUAUUUAUUUCUUAUCGUUACACAUUAUUAUUAUUAUUAUUAUAUAUAUAUAUAUAUAUAUAUAAAUAUAUGUAUUAUAUAAGUUCUGCGACGUAAACGUAGCAUCGAUCAUUAUUAUUAUCGAUACGCUAACGAUCGAUCGCGCAAAGCACGGGUUUGGCCUAACAAUAAAAGAAAACGAGAGCUCGUCCUUGCGAUCGAUAUCAUCCGUAUAAGCCACAAAAGAGAAGGAGAAAAAGGUCGAAAAGCCAAGAGGUCGAUCGAUAUUCAAAAUCCAAAGUACGUAAAAGUCGUCAUUAUAUUUAGCGAAUUUAGAAUUCAAAUUCAAAGGUAAACUCCGCGCGUUCUCUCAUUCAUAAAGCGCACGUAAAUCUUUCCAAUUUGAAAUAUAAGAAAAAGGGAAAAUAGGAGAACGAGUUCGUUUCGGGAAUAAAUGCAACGAAAAUAUGAUCGGAAGAAGAUCGACGAUAUUGACGAUCAAAAGAUGACGAAGCGUUUUAAGCCUUUUUUAAUUCUAUCCUAAAUAGAAUCUUUCACGUUUCCAUUGAAUUUAUGAGAAAGUUUAUAUUUUCGCGGCAAUAAGAUGAAGCGUACUUUCGACGCAUUAGAAAAAUUAUAUUAGUCAUUUGACGAGUUCUUUAUUAAUCAUUUUAUUUCGUCGAUAAAAAUAUACAUGCAUAUAUAUUGGAAAUGUCUAUCUCUAAAACGCCGUUCGUCUGUUCGUCGUUCGUCACGUACGGCGAUGAGAAAUUUAAAAGAAAAAGAGAGAAGUGACGCGGGAUUAAUUGAUCUAGAAGUGAGAUCUUCAUGUACUUACAUCAGCCAUUUCCAGAUAUAUAAAUAAAAUAAAUAGGGGUGAAUAAAAGAAUAAAUAGAUAAAUAAUUAAAUAAAUAGUCGCGCGUGUGGAAGAUGAGAGAGAGAGAGAGAGAGAGAGAAAGAGAGAAAAUGAAAGAAAAGUUAGAUUAGUAUGGAAAAGAGUUCAAUGUAUGUAAAUGAAUGUUCGUGAAUUACGUGCGAAUGUCGAAUGAAUGACAGUAAAAUAGAGAUCGAAAGGGUGUGCUUUGUAUAAGUAUGUAUGAGAAAGAAAGGGAGAGAAAGAGAGAGAGAGAGAGAGAGAGAGAGAGAGAGAGAGAGAGAGAGAGUUUAAGCAAGAUCGUGUCACGUUGGUGCAAUUAUUAUAUUGAGAGGCUAUUUCAAUAACCUUAUAAGUGUCAAUUCCACUUUCAAAUGUAAAUCGUAAUUAAUGCGAAAAUAUUAACACACGUAGAGAAAAAAAAGGGAAAAAAAAAAAGAGAGAACAAAUGAAGCGACAAACGACGAUAAGAAGAAAACAAAAUAAAAAAAAAAGGAAAAGAAAAAAAAAGAAAAAAAAAGAAAGUCGUAGACGACAAAGCGAGAGUCGCACGCCGGCGAUUCCUCGAUCGUUCAGCGAUAAAAGUGAGAUUAUAUUGAUAAAUUUAAAUUAUUGAAGUAAAACAAAAAAAAAAAGGAAAGAAAGAGAUAGAGCGAGAGAGAGAACGAACGAGCGAGAGAGAAAGAGCGAGCGAAGUAUAUAUAAAGUAAAAAACAAAAAAAAAAUAAAAAAAAAAUAAAAAAAACAACAACACAUAGCACGUGCAAGAGUAACAGAGAUAUCAAUACUUUUUAUUGUAGGUAUUUCAUAGGUGAGAUUCAUAAAAAAAAAAAUUAAAAAAAAAUUAAUAAAGGUAUUGUAUUAAUGAUCACUUAUAUUAAAUGAAUCAACGGUGUUUUUCUGCCUAUACGUAUUUACGUCUCGUACUUUUAUGUCAGACGAGCACUAUAGACUUCUCUCGUGUAAGAACAAAAAUGAUACGAAUAUAUUUCGUUUUCGUUUUCUCUAUUAUAAUGUUAUUAUUAACACUGUACAAAGUUGGCAAUAAUGUUAAGAAUACCCUCUUCUAUAUAAUCGUUACUUGCCGUAACAAACGAGAAACUCUUCGCGGCUUUGGGGCGUUCGAACGAUCACGAAGGGUGGUUUCAAUUAGCAGGUAACGAUUAUUACUGCUGUAGAGCUAAUAUGUGAUCAAGUGAAUGUGCCCUUUCAUCGUGUAAUCAAGCACAAAGGAAAGUUUCCUCUAUGAGUAUAACGGUAGGCCUCUAGUCCGUUUAUCUCCGAUUCUAUAGAGAUACGGAUCGCGCGAUAACGAUCAGUCGACCAACGAAAUACGAAUCCAACAUACCCCCUUUGGAUGGAAAUCUUUUCUCAUAUACCAUUUAUCUGAGAUGAAUGAAUAAUAAAGAUCCUUAUUCAAACGUAAAUAUAAUCUUGUGCGAAACGAUAUUUUGAUUUGCUUUCCAAAGGAUUUCGUUGGAUUCGUCUUCUCGUAUAAUCUCAUCCGAAGAAUACCGACGAUGUAAGAAUAAUUUUCAGGCCACUCAUCUACGAAAGAGAAAAAAAAAAAAAAAAGAAAAAAUAAGCCAAGCGUUUACUGUACAAUUAUAUUCUUUUACGUUAACGACUUACCAUUGAGUAGUCGGGUAGUAUAUUUUACAUUACUGAUAUAUAGUAGCGUUACUUAUCUUACCCUAAUUUUAUAUAUAAUUAAAGAUAAGUAUCCGCAAAAAUUAUAGUCAGCACUGCAGUGAAGUUACUAUACAAUUAUAGAUAACGGCCCGUAAAAAAAAAAAUUUCAAAAACCGACACGAUGUUCAAUGUAUUUAAUGAUCUUCUCAAACGGUGAAGAAUAUAUGAUAUAUCGGGAA